UGACCACCUUCUCUGCGGACUCACAGUACCUGACCACCUUCUCUGCGGACUGACACAUUCCCUGUUUCUUACCUGUUUAUCUCCAAGACAGGCGCAUGUCGAUGGCGCAAAGGUACGAUGAACUGUCCCACUAUGGUGUUGGGAUGGACGGAGUUGGACUCCCGGCGUCCAUGUAUGGAGACCCGCAUGCUCCCCGGCCGCUUCCCCAAGUCCACCACCUGAACCAUGGUCCGACUGCACAUCCAAUCCAGCACUAUGGAUCCCACGCACCCCACAACAUCAUGCCCAGCAUGGGCAGCGUGGUGAACGACGCAUUAAAAAGAGACAAAGAUCAAAUCUAUGGUCACCCGUUGUUCCCUCUGCUCGCCUUGGUGUUUGAGAAGUGUGAGUUGGCGACCUGCACGCCCAGGGAGCCUGGAGUAGCGGGCGGCGAUGUCUGCUCCUCAGACUCCUUCAACGAAGACAUCGCUGUCUUUGCAAAACAGAUACGUGCAGAAAAACCGUUAUUUUCAUCGAAUCAAGAGGUGGACAAUUUGAUGAUCCAAGCUAUUCAAGUAUUACGAUUUCAUCUUUUAGAAUUAGAGAAGGUGCACGAGCUCUGCGACAACUUCUGCCAUCGGUAUAUCAGUUGUUUGAAAGGCAAAAUGCCCAUCGACUUGGUCAUAGACGAUCGAGAUGGCUGCAAAUCUGACUUAGAUGACCUGACGGGAUCUUCCACAAAUCUAGCAGAUCACAACCCGGCGUCCUGGAGAGACCUGGAUGACGCCCACUCCACGCCCUCCGUGGGCACCCCGGGGCCCUCCAGCGGGGGCCACGUCUCCCAGAGUGGGGACAACAGCAGCGAACUCGGAGAUGGCCUCGACAACAGUCUGGCGUCGCCGGGCACAGGAGACGAGGAUGACCUGGACAAGAAGAGACAGAAGAAGAGAGGUAUCUUCCCCAAAGUGGCCACCAAUAUAAUGCGAGCGUGGCUCUUCCAGCACCUCACGCACCCCUACCCUUCAGAGGAACAGAAGAAGCAGCUAGCACAGGACACAGGCCUCACCAUCCUGCAAGUGAACAACUGGUUCAUCAACGCCAGGAGGAGAAUAGUACAGCCUAUGAUUGACCAGUCUAACAGAUCAGUGGGCCAGGGGACGGCAUACAGCCCUGACGGGCAACCAAUGGGAGGCUUUGUACUCGACGGACAGCAACACCUGGGGAUUCGGCCUGGCGGACCAAUGGGUGGAAUGGGAAUGAAUAUGGGGAUGGAUGGUCAGUGGCACUACAUGUAAACCCUGUCCAACCGAGGCAAGCCUGAAGAAGAAGAUGGAGAAGCCUCCAUGGUUUGCUCAGGGAAAAUCCUGCCGCUUGGUCCAAUGAGCGCGUGACUCCGCCCCAGUCACACCUGUACCUGUCAUCUGACUACGCCCACCUCACCUCCCCACUCGAGCAUAGAGGACCACACCCACAUCUGCACAAACGCCGCCCACAUUGACCUUUAAUAACCCCACGCCUGGAGGAAGACGAGGAUCUACUAAUAAACAACAACAAAAACAACAACAUUUGCAGACAACAACAAUCUUCCAAAACAAAAAAAGACUUCUGUAUGAACAACGGAAGUUAAAAUGACCUCAACAACAUUUUGACACAUUUUUUUGUUUUCUUUUUUAAAUUAUUUAUUUAUUUUUCUACAAUGGUGGACCAUAGGGACAAGAACUUUUUAGUCUUUGCCCGAGAUAUAUUGACACAGCCCGCAAACACACACACUAACACACAUUCCCUCUCUCUCUCACACACACACACUCAAACAAAUACACACACUUCAUCUUAUGAUCACACCAUUUGAAAACAACCACUGUGGAAUAUCUAAAAAGAUUAUGAAGAGUUUUAAUAACUGUUGUGGUGUAUAGACUUGUCCUUUUUCAUUUGACUGUUUUAUUCAUGUUUGAGCUUUGUGAUCAUUAGUUUAUGGAGUGAGAGUUUAUCACUAAUCCCACCCCUAUGUGCUGUGGAACAGAGAGAAAGAGAGAAAGAGAGAUUGCCUCAGAGUCCGCAGCCUGGAGCUUGUCUCCGAUACUGCAGACGGCAGCUCCAUCCAGCUCCCAACAAAAAACCAAGCCCUCUUUUUAUUUGUUUUCUGAAUGUGGCCCAGUUGCUUUUAUUGCCCAUGCACUGAAUUCAUUUCAUAUAUUUUGUAUUAUUCUGUUUUGAUUUGGAUUAGUCUGUGUUGUCCUGAAAUCAGACUAAAGAGCUGAUGGAUUGACGUCAUACUGGUAAGGUGGAUCUUGGACGACUUCCAUUUAGAUCAUGUUACAAUAGUUUUAUAGCACACAGGAAGAAGGAAAGGGUUUCUGCACUAAAGACCAAAAUAAAAACUAAUUUUAAAACUUGA